UAUCUCUUUCAAGUAUUGUUCAUUAAAAAUGAAUAGACAAGCAUUUGAGUUUAUGUGUUUUUUUAUGCUCUUAACAUGUUUUUUGCUGUUCAAUGUUACUUAUGCGAUGACAAGACAACAGUUGAAAAAUUCAGGAAAAAUGAUGAAAAAGUCAUGUAUUCCGAAGAAUGAUGUAACUGAAGAGAUGGUCGGUUCAAUAGAACAGGGAAAAUUCAUAGAAGAAAGAAAUGUUAUGUGCUACAUCGCAUGUAUCUACACUAUGACUCAAGUAGUAAAAAAUAAUAAAUUAAACCAUGAAGCUAUACUCAAGCAGAUCGACACGAUGUUCCCGGCAGACAUGAGAGCAGCUGUCAAAGCUACUGCCGAAAAAUGCAAAGAUGUCUCAAAGAAAUACAAAGACUUAUGCGAAGCUUCAUAUUGGAAUGCUAAAUGUAUGUAUGACACUGAUUCGGCAAACUUCAUUUUUCCUUAGAUAGCUUAAAAAUAA